AUGAAGAAUAUGGAAAACCUAAUAAGUACGAAUCAGGCUCGAAAAUUCUACCAGGAAAUAAGAUCAGUAAAGAAGGCAUACCAACCAAUUGCACAAUUUCUUGAAGACGAAGACGGAAACCUUGUGACUAACAUUCGUGAGCUCAAUGUAAUGUGGAGUCAGUACUUUCAAAACCUUCUGAAUUGCCCGCCGCCGACGGAAGAUUUAGAUGACAACCUCCAAGGUCCUGCGGAGGAAGAAGUGGAGCCACUGAACUUCAAAGAAAUCAAAAAUGCUAUUAUGAGGCUUAAGAAUAACAAAGCGUCAGGUAUUGACAACCUACCAUCUGAACUGUGGAAAUACGGCGGAGAAGCCUUGCAGUCCAGAUUUUACAAUCUUAUUAAAAUGAUAUGGGAAUCUGAACAACAACCUGUCGAGUGGUAUUCGGGGGUCAUCUGCCCCAUACACAAAAAAGGCAGCCGGAAAAAAUGCAAUUUUGCUAAGGCCUAUGACAGCAUAGAUAGAUCGACUCUAUAUAGAAUCCUCACGCACUUUAAAAUCCCACAGAAGCUUGUGAGAGUGGUGGAGGUUGCUACUAGGGAAAGUAGAAUGACGGUACGAGUUGGCGCUACUCUCACUGAUAAGUUUGACGUUGUGAGUGGACUCAGGCAAGGGGACGCUCUGUCACCAAUGCUGUUCAAUCUGGCACUUGGACACGCCAUAAUAUGGAAAGUGAACACACUUAAUGGCGGAGUGUGGCUCAAUGGACAGCACAGGGUGAUAGGAUAUGCCGCUGACCUCGCUCUACUAGGAGAAAGAAAUCAGCACGUAAUAAACGCACUCAACUGCCUCUAA